UCGGUGCCGACGCGCGGCGGAGAGACGACGCAGGGUCGAUGUGCGGCCCCGGGGCUCUGUGACGCGCCGAGAGUGUGCCCCGCGGCGGUGUGUGUCUGUGCAGUGGGAUGACGGUUCGGCAGGCGGAGCUCUCUCGUGAGCUGGGGCGCCGCGGUGCCAUGCGCUCGCCGGCAGCGUGGUAGCCGGCGCGGCGGCCCAGUCGUGGGACGCCCGGCAGCGAUCGAUCGAGCGAUCACGAUUCGCGUGCUGCCAUGUCUGAGUCGGCGUCGGACGCCGGCGCGGCUGACGCGGCGGCGGCGGGGGCGGCGGCGGAGGCGGAGACCACGCCGCCGCGCCGGCCCUGCUGUCGGUGUCACACCACCAGCCUCUGGUCGGUCUGGUACGGCGCGGCCGUGCUCGCCGGCACCACCUACCUCGUCUACCAGGCCGGCACGCGCUUCCUCACGUGCACGCGGCUGGCGUGGCGCGGCGGUGAGCGGCCCUUCUGGGAGCUGAACUCGUACAUGGCGCUGGUGGGCGGCGCCGUGGUGCUGCUCCCCUUCCUGCUGGCCGCCAGCUGCUUCCGCAUGGGUAACCUGGCCAACGACGGCGUCCGGCUGGGCGCGCACGUGACGGCGUGCUCGCGCGACACGAGCGGCGCCGUGUGGGCCGACACGUGGCUGCGGCGCGCCUGGGUGCACGGCGGGCCCACGGCCGCCUUCCUGCACCUGGUCACGGCCAUGUUCCUGCUGCUGCCGCGACUCAUCCUGGAGGCCAAACUGAUCGACGCCGGAUAUUUGGACUCAGAUCGAGUCUGGUCGGGCACUCUGGACCAUCUGCUGGGCGCGGGCAGCCAACCCACGCUAGUCUUCACUCCGACCGAUAACAGGUCGUUCGUAGCACCACCUUCAUCCUCAUCGUCCCCAACGGCGGCGGCGUGGGCGUCCGUGUCGGCGCCGGCGGACGCGGCCGACUCGCGCCGGGCGGCCGGCCAGAUCGCGCGCCAGUUCGGCCCGGCCAGCGCGCCCGGCGGCGAGCUCGUCAACUACGCCUGCGCGCUGCUCGUCUUCGGACUGCAGUACGCCAGCUGCUUCUGGAGCGGCAACAAGUGCUUCGGCCUGCUGUUCUCGGCGCACAACGUGGUCACGGCGGCGGUGAGCCUGGCCGCCUGGGAGGGGUUCGCCGUGCUGUACCGGCUGCACGCGGUGGGCUCGGGCGAGCUGAGCGGCGCGCGGCGCCACCUGCUGCUCGACACGCCGACCACGGCGGCGCUGUACCUGCUGACGGCGGCGCUGCUGCUGGCCUCCACGUCCGUACUCUAUCUGUACGGUUACCACAAGUACCGACUGUACCUGGUGCGCCAGAGACAGCGCUACGAGCUGGAGGUGCCCGCCCGCCGGCCGGCGCUCGGGUACGCGUCCCACUGCGCGGCGCUGCUGCUGCUGGCCGCCGCCGCCGGCUGCCAGGGCCCGCUGGUGCACGACCUGGCGCUGGUGACGCGCGCCGGCCGCGGCAGCGCCGCGCUGGUCUGCUGCGCCGCGCUGGUGCUCCACCUGCUGCUCUGGGUGCUGCUCUGGCUGCUGCUCUCCGUCAAACACCGCUGGACGUUCAAACUGCGCGUGGUGCUGGGCCGCGCGCACCUGCGCUCCGCCGAGCAGAUCAAGCUGGUGCACGAGGUGGAGGUGUGCCAGCGGCGCGCGGCCGCCGACCGGGCCGACGGCCAGCCGGCGCCGCUGCUGGUGGUCAGCGCUGGCCGCGUGGCCGCCGUGGCCGACCCGGCCGUGCGGCACAACAUCAGCGAGCUGGUGCGCGGCCACGUGCAGGGCCGCCGCCAGCGCUGGGAGCAGGAGGAGGUGUACUGGCACAAGCCGAGCCUGCCGACGCCGCAGCCGUCUCCGGAGUCGGAGGUGGCCGGCUGGAGCAGCCAGCGCCGGCCGCAGCCCGCCGCCGAGAGCAAACACAAACGGGGGCACUCUCGCAAACUGUCGUCGGCGCGCGCCGCCAUGCCGGACACCGAGGUCACUGACCUCCGAACCCCGGACCUGACCGACACCGAGGACGACGACCUGGCCACCAACGCCAACCAGAACAGCUCGCAUCUGCACCACAGCAAGGCGCGGGACCAGGUGCGCGGCCCGCAGUACGCCUCUCUGGGCGACACGGCUCGCGGCGACCCCACCUCCCCGCCCAGCGACCGGUCGGCGCCGGGCAGCGACCGGUGCGGGGACGACGGAGCGUCGGCGGGCGCGCACCGCAGCCCGGCCGGAGCGGCCGCCGAGCCGGCGCCGCCGCUGCCGCUGCCGCUACAGAAGCUGACAGCGUCGCCGGGCCGGGCGUGCAUGUCGCUGCAGCGCGUGCCGCCGCCGACGGUGCCGGUGGCGCCGCUGAGCGCCAGCCACUCGACGCUGCCGCCGCGGCUGGGCCAGGCGGCGCCGGCGCGCGCCGUGCAGCCCUUCUACUGCGCCGACACGGUGGUGAUCCGGCGGCAGACGAGCGCCGCCGCCGGCCGCCGGCACGACUCGGCGCUGGGCUCGUUCGGCACCCACCCGGCGCCGCAGCCGUCGGCGGCCGGCGUCCGCAUCUCCGAGCCGCCCGCGUACAGAAACACGGCCGGACUGGUCGGCUCGUGCGGCUAAACUGGCCAUCACCGAGCCGGGCUAAACUGAACACUCUAAGCCUACCAGCCCGAGCAGGCUGGCCGACGCCCGUAUCAGCAGAAAUAGCUGUGCUGUGAACUUCGCACAAAAGCACACUGGCCAACCGACACAAGUUUACUCUAGUCUUAGAGCAUCCUCUGCAGAGUUGUGAGUAGCUGCCAUAAGUUUCCGGGCGUCUCGCGUCGAAUUCGGAGCCGCUAUUGUCCAGUGCUGGGCGUCAUAAGUUAGCUACAACAUGUUUUCACGGGUCGGCCGAUAACCCUCCGCCAGCAGGUGCGUUCAAUUCGCUGCAGCGUUUCUGUACCGUGCAAUUAACGCGCUCUUCAAGAGCGGCGUGCGCUCCUGGCGCCAUAUCUGCAGUGUUGUGCUGUGUUGUCGGUGUUCGGUGUAACUGACACUGCCAGAAGGGGCGCGCCGCGCCACAUAUCGACAAGGCAACCAUAUCGAGAGAACCGCAUACUCAAGAGAGGAGCCUUCGAUACUGGCAUAUCCGUACUAGGGCAGACAUGAGCGCGAGAUCCGACUAGCCUAGCAGCCCUUGUCGAACCUGAAUCACUCACCAGCAUAUCCCGUCUUAGUUAUAGUCUACUCGUAGAGCAGCUGGCGGCAAUCAGUAGACACUGCUGCAGUAACUGUGGCACUGCAUUGACUCGGUGACCUUUUCAAUCACUGGGCACCGGAGGGGCGUUCGUUGCCUGUCCGUUCAGCAGAGCUGCUACUCAUCCGGCACUGUUUUAUUCAGUUUCCCGGCACACAGUCACCGUUUGAAAUAAGAUCGCGACAUUACAAUGACUCAACUUCAGACUCGAAGCCUUGCAAGUGUGUGUACCUGCCCCGCAGCAGGGCCAAUUUUAUUUGCCGAUUAUUUCGUUCCCCUAUGCUCUACCACAAAACUAUGCAAUGACAACGAUGACCUUUGAUACUGAAAUGUCUGAAAGACUGAAUAGAGAGCAACUCCAUCCCAACACCACAUUUUAAAUGGCCUUAAGGCCGUCAGUGUGGCGAAAGCAAUCAACUCGGCACGUGCACUGAAUUAUCACAAGACACACAAGAUGAUCAUUUCAUUUUUCUGCGAUGAGGUAGGGAACGCACGACGAAGGGUAGCGGACGACAUUUGUGGUGCAUCGGUGUUUGUACGUGUUUGUGUAAUUGUUCACGGGUGUCAAACGCGUCGCGUGUCUUACACUUCCUAUUUUCAGUGCUUUUGUUGGCUGUGUACGGUUUGUGACCUUUAAAUAUUUGCGUUCGCUUAAUUUUGCAAACAGUAAAUGUUAUGCAUUUUAUCUAAUUACUACUACCGUCAGACUAGCAUUUAUACAGCGGAGUGAAAGUUUAUGUAAAAUAAA